GUGUGUUUAAUUUGAACAAUCUAAGCAGUGUUCUAGUUUUUAAGUUGUUUAUGUAAAUGUAUCUGUUCGGUUUUGAUGUUGCCACCCUAAAUAGGAUGUUCACCCCCCCCACCCCCCUCUGGAUCAGGUGACUGUCACAUGACUGUGCGCUGUGAGCAUGGCAGAGCGAGAGGAGUAUGAGGGUCUGCUGGAUGAAGAGGAUGAGGAUGAUGAAGGUGUGUCUCGGCACCUGAGCCCGCUGUGUGACCCGACUCACCUGCUGCACCGGAUCCUGGUUCUGCUCUUCAUGUGCUUCCUGGGCUUCGGCAGUUACUUCUGUUAUGACAACCCCGCCGCUCUUCAGACUCAAGUCAUACAGGACAUGAGUCUGAACACGGCCUCGUUCAUGCAGCUGUACGCCUGGUACUCAUGGCCUAAUGUUGUGCUGUGCUUCCUCGGAGGCUUUCUGUUGGACCGGGUCUUUGGCAUCAGGCUGGGGACGAUCAUCUUUGCAUUGUUUGUGGUAAUCGGGCAGAUCAUAUUUGCUGCUGGAGCUCUGGCCAAUCACUUCUGGCUGAUGAAUCUGGGCCGUUUUGUGUUUGGUAUCGGCGGAGAGUCGCUGGCUGUGGCUCAGAACACGUAUGCGGUGAACUGGUUCAAAGGAAAGGAGCUCAAUCUGGUGUUCGGCCUGCAGCUCAGCAUGGCCAGAGUGGGCAGCACGGUCAACAUGAAUGUCAUCGGUUGGGUUUACAGCCGCAUUCAGGCUGUGAUGGGCUCGGCGGGACACACCACACUCGGGAUAACACUCAUGAUCGCGGCCUCCACAUGUCUGUUCUCCCUCACAUGUGCUCUGAUUCUGGGCUUCCUGGACAGAAGAGCAGAGAAGAUCCUCCACAAGGAGCAAAGCAAAACCGGGGAAGUCAUCAAGCUGACAGACGUCAAGGACUUUCCCUUCUCUCUCUGGCUCAUCUUCAUCAUCUGUGUGGCGUAUUACGUGGCCAUCUUCCCAUUCAUUGGACUGGGCCAAGUUUUCUUCAUCGAGAAGUUCGCCUUCACUACUGUCCAGGCCAGAGCCAUCAACAGUAUCGUGUACAUCAUCUCGGCUCCGGCGUCUCCUCUGCUGGGCUUCAUGGUCGAUAGGACGGGCAGAAACGUCUUGUGGGUUAUGCUGGCUGUCGCCACCACGCUCCUCUCUCACAUGAUGCUGGCCUUCACCUUCUGGAACCCCUGGAUCGCCAUGUGUCUGUUAGGUCUGUCGUAUUCUCUGCUGGCCUGUGCUCUCUGGCCCAUGGUGGCGUUUGUGGUGCUGGAGCAUCAGCUGGGAACCGCCUACGGAUUUAUGCAGUCCAUACAGAACCUGGGUCUGGCGCUCAUGUCCAUGGCUGCGGGAAGCAUCUUAGACCUCAAAGGAUACCUGUUCCUCGAGGUCUUCUUCAUCGCCUGCCUGUGCUUGGCUCUGCUGGCCGUGGUGCUGCUGUAUCUGUGUGAUUAUUACAAAGAGGGAGAGCUGAACCUGUCGGCCUCCGCACGAGCCGGCCGAGCCAAAUCUGAGUGAAGAGCGUCUGACGCACAUCUCCUUCACCUCGGGCCUUUCUGCACUGACCACUUUCUCUGACACUUCAGAUAAACACAUCCGACUACCCACAAUCCUUCACUGAGCACCUCUAGAGUCCUGAACAUCAGGACAUCACAGAUCAUCCUAAAUGAGCUUGACAUUAUUUUCAUUGCAGUUAAACACAAAAACCCCAAAUUCAUGAUACUGUAAUAUAAAGAAAAGCAAAUAACAUUUUAUCGAUUACAAUUGUAAUUAUACCUCAUUGUAGUAGUUGUUUUACUAACUUGUAAUUUAAUUGCGAUUUAAUUCAUUAAGAUUUUAAUAAUGAAAUUGUGCCUGGAUAAGAUGAUUUUA